AUGGCGACCAUAUUAAUGUUGCCAGAGCAAGAAAUAUUGACUACUUUGCUAGUUCCUCGUAGAGGCGCCGCCAUCAUGGCGUCGGACGAACAAUUUUCAUUAUGUUGGAACAAUUUCCACGCGAAUAUGUCAGCAGGCUUUCACGGCCUGCUGUCGCGUGGAGAUCUAGUAGAUGUAACGUUGGCUGCCGAAGGCAGAUUAUUACAAGCACACAAAUUAGUUUUAUCAGUAUGUUCUCCCUAUUUUCAAGAAAUGUUCAAAAUGAACCCAACUCAACAUCCCAUAGUAUUUUUAAAAGAUGUUAGUCAUUCUGCGUUAAGAGACUUAUUACAGUUUAUGUACCAAGGUGAAGUUAAUGUUAAGCAAGAAGAGUUAGCGUCGUUUAUUAGUACCGCGGAACAGCUUCAAGUGAAAGGUUUAACCGGUAAUCAAAAUGAAGAAAGUUCCACGCCAUCCAAACCAAAGCCGACGUCGAGGCCAGGCCCGAGGUCGUCACAACAAAGGCAAUCUGUUAUGACUAAGUUAGAGACUGAUUUAGAUUCUAAGCCCUCCUCAACUCCAGUAGCAAUUAAGCGACCAAAUAGGCCAUCAAUAGCAUCAAACAAUUCGUCAUCUUCACAAAGUGGACCUGCGAAACGAAAAUGUGUGGACCCAUUAGAAGCCGGACCAUCUGGAUCGGCAAAAGAAGAAUUCGUAACGAUACCGGACGAAGAUGAAAACAAUGCCGUGGCACCGAAAAUGGAACCCGAAUUCGUUAAUGAAAGUAUGUGGGAUGACGACGAAGAGGGUGCAAAUAACGAUGAAACUAAUUUUGGCGAAGAUGACUCUAAUAUGGAAAUGACUGGUUUUGAUGGCUCUGCAACUGGCGAUGGUAAUAUUUCUGCAAGUGGGGAAGGAGGAGCUGUAGGUGAUGCACAAGGCGACCGGGGCCGGGGGUCGCAGGUGUGGUACUCGGUGACACGUCGGGGUGCGCCGUCGCUCCUGGUGGAUGGGUUUGCGUUCGUGGCGCGCAAGCGGCGCAGCGCGCGCGUCUAUUGGACGUGCCGUAGCAGGGCACAGGGCUGCGCGGCACGGGCGCUCACAUUGAAUGGCGACCGGAGCCGGGGGUCGCUGGUGUGGUACUCGGUGACACGUCGGGGUGCGCCGUCGCUCCUGGUGGAUGGGUUUGCGUUCGUGGCGCGCACGCGGCGCGGUGCGCGCGUCUAUUGGAUGUGCUGUAGCAGGGCACAGGGCUGCGCGGCACGGGCGCUCACAUUGAACGUUGAGUUCGUGAUAUCGAAUCGGGGCCGGCGUCAUAUGCGACUCGGUGGUUUUUCGUUUUACGCGGAGAAGGUGUUUCCAGAGAAAAACAAGGUGCGGUGGCGGUGUACGCGGCGGACAUGCAGGGCUUACGCGCACACGCUGCACGAUCAGAUAUUCGCGCUGAGCAAUGUGCACUCGCACGAGCCGCCCGUGCUACCGCCGCAGACGAUCGUGGCCGCCGCCGCCAGCGCCGCGUCCGCCGCACACCGCGCGGUUGCGCAAGCAGCCCUCGCAGCUCAAGCGAAAGCUAUGUUUGACGAAUAA